CUCCAGAGCAACAUGUUGUUAUGUCCCGCGAGUGUCCAGUGUCCUAAAAUACAUUGUCAGCCCCUGAGGUACCCCCCUGCCAGGUGUUGGUUUAGAGACGGCGGCCAUUUGUUCCCAGGGCAGCUAUGUGUUUUGGGAUGCCUGCGCUGGUUGUCAGACAUCUUUUCUUUUUAAGACGAGCCUGCUGUCACUUAUAUUUUUCUCCAUAAUGAAGAUGUUAGGAACAGCUGAGGCUCCAGGAAUAGAGUCCUAAUCCAGUGCUCUGUCACAGCUCCUAAACCUCACAGGCAGCCUGGCCUCUGAGUAGCUCUGGAAGUGGCCUCAAAGUCCUCCAGAUUCAUACGUAAAGGGUCGGUUUACCCAGUCUAAGGGUAGUUAUUCAUGCAGAUAGCACUGGAGAAGAACAAUCAAUCAAGGACUGCACUGAAGUACAAUUAUAUGAUAACAUCAGGAUCCUGCAGCAAAGAUGCCAGAGGAGAAAAGACUCUCGGCAAGGCGCAAGCAUACUCUGAAAGGAUGUAUGCUGCAAGUGGCAACUACUUUGUUGGAGGCUGAGGACUCAACAAAGGCGGAUGAGAGGGAGAAGUUCCUGGCAGAUAAAUGUCCUCCUCUGGAGGUGCCGUACUCCAGGGACGAGCUCUUGGAACUUUGCAAGAAACUCCAUGAGCAGAUUGACAUCAGUGAGGAGGAGAGAUACUGCAUCGAGUUCAAACUGAACAUGGUUCUGAAUGAGGUCAGAGACCUCAACAUUAAGAUUGUGGAUCUGAGGGGAAAGUUCAAGAGACCCCGUCUGAAGAAAGUGCGUAUGUCUGCUGACGCCAUGCUGAAGGCUCUACUGGGCUCCAAGCACACAGUCAACAUGGACCUGAGGGCCAACCUGAAGCAGGUCAAGAAGGAGGUCAAAGAGGAGGACAAGCAGCUGCGUGAUGUGGGAGACUGGCGUAAGAACAUUGAAGACAAGUCUGAUAGGAAGAAGAUGUUUGAUAGUUAAACGUGAUCUAUCAUUCACUGUUGUGCUUGUCAGAAUUAGGGUCUAAUGUCGUUGUCACUGAAGAGUUUUAUUCUGAAAAUGCUGCAUAUCUAAACCUACCAUUUACUUUUAUUGUAACAGAUAAGACGUGAGCACAGUGGAGGUUUUACUGAUAAACAGUGUGAUUAUCUUGGAUACUUUAUCAACUAGAACUACACACCUUAAAAGAGAUUAUAGUGUUUGUGUGCUGCUAGUAUGAUACAGUAAGUGAUGAACGUAAUCUCCUUAGUUGGUUUACAGGAUUUAAAAGUGAUAAUAACUGCACAUGUAAACAUAAAAUUAUACUCAACCUUUUACCCUUUUUAUUUAGACCACUAAAAUAUAUUUUUAAGAGUUACACUAAAUGUAAAAUCUGUAAUACAUUUGAGGUAGAUGAAGCAGGGUUUGGUAGUUUUUUGGAUAUCUGACAUCGGAACAAAACUCUUCAGUUGAGUCUAAGCUGCCUUCUGCUUUCGCCUGUAUUGACACUGUACUGUGAUGUAUUUGUACUGUAAGUACUGAUGUCAGUAUUAGUACAUGAAUCCUGAAUAAAACCUGCUUUCGUUCUGUGAAGGCUGAUUGGCA